AUGAAUACUUUGAAGCUCAUAUUUCUCUUUACAAUAAUCAUUGCUUGUCUAGCCGCUGCACCUACGAAAGAGAAGAGCGUUUUGACUCGGACUAAACGAGAGGCAUACGACUGGAGGCGCUAUUUCAGCCGCUGGGGUCAAGGAGGAGCUGGAUGGGGAAUGGGCCAUCGCGGAGGUCACGGUGGUGGCCGAGGAGGAUGGAGUUACCCAUACGGGCGAUGGAACUAA